UGCCACUGCCAUAAAAUUGGUACACAUGUGCUUCCCCUGCCAUUUACAUCUUCCUACUCCUACAAUCACCAUGCACCAUCACUUUCACUCUCAUUUUACACACAUAUAAAAAACAUACAAACACACUAUAUAUAUCUAUAUAUAUCACACCACCACCAUAAUAAUUCACAUUCCUUGCUUACUUAUAUAACAAUAACACAAAAUGAAAAGUACUAACCAUCCUAAACUUAAACCACCACCACGUUCACUAUUUUCUUGUGGCUUUUUUCGUUAUUGCACUCAAUCUGUUUUAAGUCCCACCAAUGCUAGUCCACCGGUACUCGCUCCGCCGCCACCACCGCCGCCACAUUCGGAAUCCUCGUCUUCUUCCACUACCUCACAAAGUUUUACUCAAUGGAGAUUCUCUCACACUCCCAUUUCUACUUCAAAUUUUGAAACGAACCCGACACCCGAUACAGCACUAACACGCCACCAAUCACCGCCGCCGCCGCCACGGCCUCAACCGCCACCUGUUGUUAUUUCUGAUCUUCAGGAGCUUUUCCACGUGGCGGAGCUUCAACUCAGUACAGGUGAAGAGUUGGAUAGAAUAAAGGCUAUUUAUAUGCUUCAGCAUUCUUUGGUUAACCCACACGCCGUUGUGGAGAAACCACGCGCCGUCAUAUGUAACCCACGCGCCUCCGUGGACAACAUGGGCAAUGCAGCCGGCGACUUAGUUGAUAAUGCAAAUGCUGACGUAGGAGGCGGCGCGUGGGUGUCAUGUCCGUCGGCGGUUAUGAGGGGGGUGUUGGGUUGUUUGAAGGAUAAAGAAUUGGCAAAGCCGGCGACAAAGGUGUUGUUGGCGCUUUGUUUAGGGGAAGGUAAUCGACAUGUGGCGGUGGAAGAAGGGGCGGUGGGGAAAGUGGUGGACGCCUUGGUGGAUUUGGAUGGCGGGGCGGUGGCGGAAAGGGCAUUGGCGGCUUUGGAGCUUUUAUGUACGGUGGCUGAAGGUGCGGCGGAGCUUAGGGCGCAUGCAUUGGUCGGGCCAAUGAUGGUGGAGGUGAUGAGGAGGAUGGAAACAACUAGGGGUAGAGAGAACGCUAUCGGAAUAUUAGCGGUGAUUUACGGUGGUGCUGGUGGUGACGCGAUGGAGUUUGCGCCACCGGAAGAGGUGGCGCGUGUAGUGAUGUUGGCUAUGCAAGGAGAUUGUAGUGCAAGAGGGAGGAGAAAAGGGGCCCAGUUAUUAAAAGUACUCCAAGAAAAUGAACGGUUGGAUUUGACACAAGAAGUGGGGUGAGUGGUCCUGAUUCUAUCUGGAAUUUAUUAAAGUAAAAGUAAUGGUCAAAGUCAAAGUCAGAUUUGGAUGUCAAGUUAGAUUUGGAGAAUGUUAACAUUUAAAAGACCAUUCAUGGGAACAUAUUGUUUGUUGAACUUUAUAAUCCGGAAUAAUAAUUUGUAGACUAGGUAAAACAUUAUUGUACAUAUCAUCCCCACUAUUGAUGUAUUUCUUAUUUAUU